AUGUUUAUGCCUUUCAACUUAGAGCUGAAAAUCCCAAACAUAUUGCCAAAAUGCACAUUCCAUCAUCUGAAACAAAUCCAUGCCUUGAUAAUCACCUCUUCUCUCACCAAAAACAUCCAAUUUUUCUCCAAAUUUCUUCGCCGAACCACAGAAUUCGGCAGAAUGGACUGUUCCCAUCUAAUAUUCUCCCAAAUGGGUUGUGAUUUAUGUACAGAAAUCAUGCUUUGGAAUGUCAUGAUUAGAGGGUAUGCGUUCAAUGGUCCUUUUGAGGAGUGUAUACAAAUGUUCGAGGAAAUGCCUCAGAGAGGACUGAAGCCGCAUAACUUCACGUAUCCGUAUGUAAUAAACUCUUGUUGUGAAUUGGGGUGGUAUAAAAAGGGAAACAAUGUGCAUUGCCAGAUUAUAAAGUCUGGAUUUGAGUCAAGCUUUGCGGUUGCCAAUUCGCUGUUUAAUAUGUAUUUGAAAAUGCCGGCAUCUUCUGAUGUGGGUAUGGCUAAUAAUUGCAAGUUAGAUGAUGCUCGUAAGAUUCUUAAUGAUAUGUGUAUAAGACCGGUAGAUUUAUGGAAUCAUAUGAUAGCUAAGUAUGUAAACAUAGGCAAUGUCAAGUCCGCGAGAGAGCUGUUUGAUAUUAUGCCUGAGAGAGAUGUUGUUUCUUGGAAUUCUAUGAUUUCAGGUUACGUCAAAGUUGGACAAGUCGCAAAUGCAAGAGAUUUGUUUGAGCGAAUGCCAGAGAAGAAUGUUGUUUCAUGGACUUCGAUGAUUGGAGCAUAUGCUGACACGGACGAUCUUGAAACAGCUAGAAGGUUUUUUGAGACAAUGCCAUACAGGAAUGUGGUUUCGUGGAAUUCGAUGAUUUCAAGUUAUGCUAAACACAGGAAAUUCGUAGAAAGUUUGGACCUCUUUGCCCAAAUGCAAUCAGAAGGUGUGACCCCAGAUGGGUAUACUUAUGUCUCUGUUCUGUCAGCAUGUUCUAAUUUGGGUGAUUUAGAGUUUGGGAAUUAUAUACACUAUCUAAUAGGAGAUUUAUCACGAUUGGAAGUCGUGGUAGGGACUUCUCUUAUUGAGAUGUAUGCUCAAUGUGGAGAUGUAGAUAAAGCUUUUGCAGUUUUUGUCAAGAUAGGAAAGAAGGAUGUUUUUUGCUGGAAUGUUAUGAUCAAGGCAUUAUCUAUUCAUGGAAGAACAGAGGACGCUAUCAAAAUCUUCUUGCUGAUGCAAAAGAUGGGAUUGAAACCAAAUGAUUUCACGUUUACUAGUGCUUUGUUUGCUUGUAGCCAUGGAGGUUUGGUGGAAGAAGGCCGCAGAAUCUUUAAUAGCAUGGAGAAAGAUUAUAAGAUUAGUCCAAAGAUUGAACAUUUUGGUUGUUUAAUUGACUUGCUUUGCCGGAAUGGCCAGCUCGAGGAAGCCCUGCUUCUGGUGGAAGAUAUGCCCUUUAAGCCUGAUGUUACUAUAUGGGGAACUUUGCUUGGUGGUUGCAGAGUUACAGGGGACUUGCAGCUAGCAGAAAAGGUGGUAGAGAAAGCUACUGAGCUGGAAACAAAUGAAUCAGGAGUCUAUGUGCUGCUGUCAAAUAUCCAUGCCUCUGCAGGUCAAUGGCUAGAGGCUGCAGAUGCAAGAGGAAAGAUGGAUCAGAAGAAAAUAUGGAAGAAGGCGGCGAGCAGUGGUGUUGUUUAG